UUAUCCAUUCUUGCUUCUUUUGUUCGGGCUUCUUCGUUCUUCCUUUCUCUCAAUCAUGGCACUGAUUGUUGCUGGGAAUCAAUCUACCAAACCAGCUCUUGUUCCUAUUUCUGAGAAACUUGAACAUAACACCUUCAGCACAUCGCGUCACAUGGUGUGGCUAACGAUUCAGACUCUGGGAAUGGAGCAUCACCUUGACCCUUCAAAAAUCCCUACGCGGUAUGAAUCUCCCAAAUCGAAGCCCGAUGCUGCUGCAAAAUCAACUGAGGCACCUACAGAUUCAUCCUCUUUGCAAGAUCAACCUCAAGAAACUACCGAAUACAAGGAAUGGCGCCAAAAUGAUUUGGCUUUAGCCACUUGGCUCCUUGCCUCCAUUGGAACUACAUUCAAGAACAAGAUUCUUAAUUGUCAAAGAUUUUAUGAAGCCUGGAAUAUAAUCAUCAAUCAUUUCAAUACAACAUCAAAAACAAAGGUUCAAAGUCUCAAAUCACAGCUAAAAUCAGUAAAGAAGACAGGUACUAUUACUGAUUAUUUGGCAAAAAUUAGAUAUCUGGUUGAUUCACCGUUUGCAAUUGGUUAUGAGUUACAAGAAGAUGAUCAUAUUCAAGCAAUCAUGGAUGGAUUGGCUGAAGAUUACAGUGGUUAUAUCACAUCUGUUAUCUCUCGAAUGGGUACUUUUUCGGUUAGUGAAGCCGAAUCCUUCCUUUUUGCAUAUGAAGAUAUGCUUGAGAUAUUCAAAAGUCCCUCUGAUGGUAUUGCCAUUGCAAAUCUCUCUAAAUCCUUCUUGACUGGAAAUGGUAGAGGUGGUGGAGCUAGAAGACCAAGAGGAGGUCGAUUUCAGAGAGGUGGAAGAUCAUCAUUUUGGAAUGCACCAAGACCACAAUGUCAGAUUUGUGGUAUACCAGGCCAUGUAGCUUGGAACUGUUUUUACCGUUUUGAUCAACAAUUCCAACCAGGUUCAACCUCUUCAGGCUAUUCUCGACAGAUACCUUAUUCAAACAGCAUCCCUCCACCUCCAUCUUCCUCAUUCCAUCAACCUAGAGCUCUCCUCACGGCACCACCAUCAUCCCUAUCUGAUUCAUUGUGGCUGCCAGAUUAAGGUGCUAGUCACCAUGUUACUAAUAAUGCCUUAAAUUUGCUAUCCUCCUCACACAGCAACACAGAUUCAGAUCAACUAUUUGUAGGUAAUGGCAAAGGAUUCCAGGGACAUUCUCCUACAAGGCAAAUCUAACAAUGGAAUUUAUGUCAUUGAUUAACUUGUUAUACCAAAAUCUGUUCCUACUAAAAAUGCUGAUAAGUGUUUGCUGUUCUCUGUGAAUUCUAAUCAUUGUAAUUCUUCAUUUUCUUUUGUGAAUGAUAAUGCUUGUGCACAACAAAAUGACGAUAAAGCUGUUUUAGCAGCCUCUUGUAAUUUAGACCAAAUUGUGAAAUGCAAUAAUAGCAAUUCUGAAAA